UUCGUGAACCUGAUCUGUGAUCAGUUCCUGUCAAAUCCAGCGGACCUUCCUCUGAAGUUUAUCGAACAGUUGGUGGGUCUACUGGGUCUUGGCUCGAUCCAAGCCUCCGUUGGCAAUGGCGGAGCCUGCGACUCUUCUAUCCUCUCGCUUUCCACGCCUCCCGAGGCUGAGUGCAGACUGCCCUCAGUCCACAGACCUCGUUCCUCCCUACAUGGCGACGGUGCCAAUGGAGUAGACCUGAUCUCCAGAGGCCCCGAUGUUGCGGUCCAGUUUGUGGGUCGUAUGUGCGCGUCGGAUGAUCUCCGACCAUUUUCGUGUCGAGAGACCUUCAUGAAACUCUGCUUUGAGAGUCUCCUGCGUUUUGCUUUCUUCAAUGGCGUCAGCCUACCUACGGAGAACAAAAAGCCCUUCGACAAGUUGCUGUGGGCCUCGCGCGAGGAGCCCUCGGCCCGUGUGAAGCUCUGCAGACUGGCCGUCCGCGACGUCAUCCAACGCUGCACUUUCAUCCUUCAGCAGUUCGGUCGGGCUGUCCAGUUUGCCGGAAAAUGCCCGCUUCCU